AUGAGAAGCGUCACGAGGCCUCUGCGUGAAGCGUCGACACGAAUGUCGCGUUCAAUGAUAUGUUCUGCAACACAACACUCGCCAACAGCAGAUACUCAUUGCGGAACAGAAAACUCACCAAGAACUGCAUACACUGCUAUGUCGAUAGAGAAUCCGAAACCGAGAUGCGCUUCCGACAGCGAAAAUUCGUCGUCCGUAGAAAGAAGGGCAUGCCGCAUAUGUCAAUCCGAGAGUGGCGAGAUGGUUCGACCAUGCGCCUGCGCUGGAACAAUGGGUGAUAUACAUGAGGUGUGUUUAUCCCGAUGGGUGGCAAUGUCUAACAAGGACCAAUGUGAAAUAUGUCAAGAAAAAUACGCACGAAGUGGUCGGACCUUGAAGUCGCUUAGAAAUUGGGAGAAACCUCGCAUUGGAUCUGAGGACAUUCUAUCAUUAGUUUUAAUAGUGGCAUUAACCUAUUCUUUAAUUUAUUUGGUGCAUCUGUGCGAUGAACGGCUGUUUUUGGAAAGGAUGAGUUCCCUCCCUGUUCGAUCCGAUGAUAUUGGCCGCAUUUUUGUAAUGGUGGUGCUUGCCUCCACCUUACUCGCAUCUGUGUUUGGCAUUUUCCGACAGAUGAAGAAAUAUGUGUUCAAACAAAUGGAGAUCAAAUUCGUCAACAAGUCGACAGUGACAUCAAACAAGUCUACUUAA